CCUCGCGCACCAUCAGUAGAUCCGCUCACACACGCGCACAGCGCGAGCGGCGCUACUACUCUUUAACGGUUUAUAUGUUAAAGCGAAAAGUGGAGCGUUAACAUCGGUAUCACGGUACAGACAGAUCUGUUCGGUUGUUGUAUUUAUUUAUUAUUAUUUUUUUAAAGGAUUAAAUGAGACGUACUCAGCGCUGAGAGAAACUUUUUUGGCAGCCCGAUGCUGCGCGAGACGGACCCGGAGGCGCGCGCAGAAUUUGGGAAGAUGUGAUUUCGGAUAUUUAUUUAUUUUUUUCUGUCAACGACAGCGAGGCUACCUUUUAACAGGCGAGCAAAAUGAGAAUUACCCUUCCCAGUGCCGCAAGCAUUCUUCUCAUUCUCCAGACGUUAUGGUGUUGCAUAUUUGGCCAGUGUGUGGAACCUAGCGAAAUCUUCAAGCUUAAUCUUUCCGUGACGUACGACCUCCCUCGCUUCGUCUCGAACACACCUGUCCAGAAGCUUCUAGUUUUCAAUGGGAGCGUAUAUGUUGGCGCUACCAAUGUCCUUUAUGCGUUAUCCAGUGAUCUGCUCAAGAAAGUUGUCCAUUAUCGGACUGGACCUGUGCACGAUGGCCCAAAAUGCAGUGCAUGCGAAGGCUGCGUUGGCCAAACUCCCAACGCUAACAACACCAGCAUGGCUCUGAUAAUGGAGACCUACUACGACCCCGAGCUGUUCCUCUGCGGCACGGUCGGGAACGGCGUCUGCAGCCGCCACCUGCUGGAAGAUGGGCAGCUAGAUGUCGGAGUCGACUGCAUGGGUUCCAGUAACAAUGACGACAGCCGCUACGUCGCCGGUCCGGCAGGGACCCAGAUCGUGAACGUGGAAGUCGGCAGAGUCGUGAGGUUCUUUGUCGCUAAUUCCGAACCGUUUGAUCCGUCUCCGUCUUCAGCUCCACGUCUUCACCACACCAUCUCCGUAAGGAAGAUGUGGGAAACCCAGGACCGCUUUGAGUUCGUUUCCGAGCAGUCUUACAUGGACCUUAAGCCGGCACUGCGCGGGAAUUACCCCCUGCACUACGUGUACUCCUUCCACAGCGGCUCAUAUGUUUAUUUCCUCACCGUGCAGCGUGAGAGCAGCACCUCCAGAGCUUUCCACACGCGGAUUGUCCGGAUCUGCUCCUCUGACCUGGAGCUCCAACACUACGUGGAAAUGCCCUUCGAGUGCAUCUACUCUGAGAAAGGCAGACGGAAACGUUCGACCCAGACGGUGUUUAACGUCCUGCAGGCAGCUCACGUAGCCAAAACGGGAAGCAACCUCCGCAGGGAGAUGGGCUUUAAAGAAGGAGAAGAUGUGCUCUUUGCCGCAUUCGCCAAGAGCAAACCCAACUCCCCUGAGCCCACACCGAGCUCCACAGUGUGUGUCAUCUCUGUCGCCGAAAUUAACAACUUCUUCAAGGACUUUAUGAAGCAGGCCUUCACCAAACCGCUCUACCACUUAACUGGAGCCAAAAUGAAGUCCUACAACCAGAGCUCGGUUGCUGAUUCCGUUAGCUGUGGGAAGCACGACAAAGGUUACCGGUUAGAGGUUAAAGGAACCAAUCCACGUAAAGACUGGUUUAACGGCCGCUUCAGGAACGUUCUCCUGACCUCCAUCGCCGUGGUGCCUGUGCAGGAGCACACAGUGGCUACCCUGGGGACUGCGGAUGGAAGAGUCAUCCAGGUGGUGGUUUCCCGUUUUGGCAACAUAGAACCGCAUGUGAACUUCCUCUUGGACACGCUCCCCGUCUCCUCAGAAGUGGCCGUGUUGUCUCCGCAGAGCCCGGACGCCUCCUUACUGCUGGUCACAGGAAAUAAGGUCUCCAAGGUGCCUGUGAUCGGUCCCGGUUGUGAGCAGUUGUUAAACUGCAGCUCCUGUCUGCUCUCUCCUGCCUUCAUGGGUUGUGGAUGGUGCCGGAACAGGAACCUCUGCACUCGCUCUCCUCGGUGCUCCAGCUGGAGCCAAGAUUCCUGCCCGCUCCUCAUCUCCGAGAUUUUUCCGAAAACAGCUCCACUGAAAGGCCACACCAACAUCACCAUCUGUGGCAAAAACUUCGGCUUCAGUAAGAAAGAUCGCUUUGACGCCAAGCUCAUCGAAGUCGACGUGGCUACUGCGAAGUGCAGGUUGGCGGAAAAAGACGUCAGCAGCCAUCGGUUGAUUUGUAGCCUGGAUCAUGUGAACGUGUCCAAUUCCGAUCGCUCCGUCCGAGUACGCAGCGGGAAGGAGGAAGGACAGCUGGAGGGAUUUACAUUUGUAAACCCUGAAAUUAAAGGAAUCGUUCCAGAAUUCGGACCCAAAUCUGGUGGCACCAUGCUGACCAUUAAGGGUUCGUACCUGAACAGUGGAAACUGGCGAAAGGUUACGAUCGGAAGUGGCACCUGUAUGGUUCAGAGUUUAUCAGCCAGCACACUGACAUGUCAGACUCCAUCUCAGGACUCGCCUUCCCAGCACAAGGUGCAGCUUCAUAUCGACGGAGUGACGUUUCAAGCUCCGGAUAAUUACACCUACAACGAGGAUCCACUGAUCCACACCGUACAGCCCACACGCUCCUUCAUCAGCGGAGGCAGCACAGUGAUAGCGUCUGGCGUCUACCUCCACUCAGCCAUGCAGCCUCAGAUGGUCCUCAGCGGUCCUCCGUUCACCAAGGACAAAGAAGUUCACGUGACCUGCACACAGAGUGAAGACAAGCUGGCCAUCGUGUGCAUCACUCCAUCACUGAAGGGCCUGAAUGUUCGUCCCCCAGUGGCCACCAAGAUGAAGUUCGUUCUCGACGGCUUCUCGACGCGCCAGUACGACUUGACCUACGUGGAGGACCCGAAGUUUGAUGAGUUUCAGAAACCCACACUCACUCCCAGAGGCAGCAAGAGUGUGCUGGAGAUUAAGAUCCUCAGGCUUCCAGCCUUUGACACAUUAAUGGUCCCUCGUGUGGACGUAGAAGCGGUGAAGGGAGAGGUGCUACGAGUGUCCAAUCGCUCCUGCGAGAGCGUAGCCCUGGUGGGAAACACACUGGAGUGCACGGUACCCUCCGAGCUCCAGAGCGCCACCAGAGAGCUGGAGGUGGAGUGGAAGCAGGCCUCAUCCUCGAUCAACCUGGGCCGAGUGGUUUUGGCUCAGGAGCAGGACUACAGUCCGCUGAUCGGCGGCGUGGUGUGUGUGUCCAUCCUGCUGCUCCUAUUGCUCGCGCUCUUCGCCUGGAUCAAGAGGAAGAAGCACAUCGACGAUUUAACUGAGGGGAUGGUUUGGUAUGACGGCCGUGCACACAUUCCACACUUGGACAUGCUGGCAAACGCGAGGAGUGUCAGUCCCACUAACGAAUUGGUGUCUCACGAGUCUCUGGACUAUAGAACCACUUUGCUUGAGGACCAGAGCCUGCCGAUGUCUCCGAGCGAGACGUGUCGUCCUUCACCGUACGUCCACGCGCGCGUGGACCUGUCCUCCGUUCUGGGGGCAGAAGGAGACCUGUCUUCUCCCCUCCUGCCCGGUUCUGCCCCCGUGGAUCUGAGCUGCCUCCACCCUGAGCUGCUGAAAGAGGUGCAGCAUGUCGUCAUCGCCAGGGAAGACCUGCUCUUACACGUUAACGAAAUUAUCGGGAGAGGACACUUCGGCUGUGUUUUCCACGGAACCCUGCUGGAGUCAGACGGCCAGAAACAGCACUGCGCGGUCAAGUCUCUAAAUCGUAUCACAGACAUCGAAGAGGUGUCCCAGUUCCUGAAGGAAGGAAUCAUCAUGAAGGACUUCAGCCAUCCCAAUGUUCUGUCUCUGCUGGGAAUCUGCCUCCCCAGUGAAGGGUCUCCUCUAGUGGUGCUUCCUUACAUGAAGCACGGAGAUCUGCGCAACUUCAUCCGAGACGAGAGUCACAACCCCACGGUGAAGGAUCUCAUGGGCUUCGGCUUGCAGGUAGCCAAAGGCAUGGAGUAUCUCGCCAGCAAGAAGUUCGUACACCGAGAUCUCGCAGCCAGAAACUGCAUGCUGGACGAGAGUUACACAGUGAAGGUGGCUGACUUUGGCUUGGCCAGAGACGUGUACGAUAAGGAAUACUACAGCGUACACAACAAGAGCGGAGUCAAACUGCCUGUGAAAUGGAUGGCUUUGGAAAGCCUGCAGACUCACAAGUUCACCACCAAGUCUGACGUUUGGUCGUUUGGGGUGUUGCUAUGGGAACUGAUGACCCGAGGAGCCCCGCCCUACUCAGAUGUCAACUCCUUCGACAUCACGGUUUUCCUCCUUCAAGGACGAAGACUUCUGCAGCCGGAGUUCUGCCCUGAUGCCCUCUACAACGUGAUGAUUGAGUGCUGGCAUCCCAAACCGGAACGCCGCCCCACCUUCUCCGAGCUGGUAUCGCGCAUCUCGGCCAUCUUCUCCAGCUUCAGCGGAGAGCACUACAUCCUCCUGAACACCACCUACGUCAACAUCGACAAGAUGACGCCCUACCCUUCUCUAAUCUCGUCCCAGAGCCAGCUGGACCGGGAAUGCUGCACCUGAGAGUGGAGACGGAACACACACAAACACAAACACACACACACACACACAUACACAAAACAGGAGGACGAGGAAGGGGAGAAAGCUGUCUGGGAUCACUGUAAAGGGAGGAAGCUGAUUGUCUGAUUGUCUUUAUCACUGUAGAUAGAGUUGAGCUCUCUGCAGCAGGAGGAGGUUUAAUCCCUCAGAGCCGCUUUGAUGCUGAUAUGAACUCCAUUCGAGAGACUGACAGAUGCAGAGCAGCUCUCAGGACCUCGUCUCUCACGCAGACACUAUUCAGAACCUGUCAGGAGGAGUCCAAGAACGUCUGCACUCUUCUCGCAGGUCUUUGAUGAAUUCCGCUGCUUCAGAAUAAACAAGUGCAUUGGUGCAGCAUCGAUGCGACGUACACUGUGCAUUGCUGAUCCAGGAUCAGUUCUUGUCUAUAUAUACUGUAUGACUGUGUGUUCAGCAGCGCUGCAGGACUUUGUCCACGCGUCCGUCAUCCAGCUGACCUGAGAACAGCAGGACGAGGCCCUCUCACUGGAUGACAUGAUGAAUCUGUCAAUUGAAAUGUUAUGGUAGUUAGGUAUGAAAAAUAAUAAUAAAAAAAAAAACUUACAGCUGUACAAACACAGAAAAGUUUGACUCUACUGUAAAUUUACUCAAUGGAACACAAUGAAAUAUAUACACUAUACAGCCAAAAGUAUGUGCACCCCUGACCUUCACACCCACGUUUUUUUUUUUUGACAAAAUGUACCAUAAAGUUUAAAUAACACAAGUAUAUCAAAUGUCCAUAUGCUGUAGCUUUAUGUUUUUCCCCCUUCACUGGAACUCCUGCUCCAGCAUGACCCCAGUGCCCCUGUGCUCAAAGCUCCCUGAAGUCCAUGAAGACAUGGUGCGGAGGUGAAGUGGAAGAUCUCGAGUGUCCUGCACAGAGCAACUGACUCUGACUCAACCCCAGUUUGGGAUGAACUGGUACAGGAGUCUCCUCAACAUCAGGAUCUGAUCUCACUAAUGCUCUUGAACACAAAUCAGAGAAGGGUGGAGUUUAUUAUAACAAAUCUGGAACGAGAUGGUCGGGGUGCACAAGCUUUCACAGAACUGUUAGAAUCAUAUAGAACAAAACCCAGUAGCAUGAGCACACAGUUCUCACGACGGCUGGGUAAAUCUGAGAUAAAUAAAAUGUCCAUGCUCGUUCUAGCUCUGAGAAAGUGGUAUGCAGCUCUAGUUGUGUUUCUUUUCUUUUUUCCACCUGUACAAAUAUCCACACAUUAUGGAAUAUAUAAGCUUACACAACUCUCAUCAAACACAUGAUUAUUUUUUUUUCAGUGUGAAAUAUAAUCUCAGUGACGUAUGAAUGUGAAUUGAAGUUCCAGCGAGCGGUGUAAAUACUGUCCGUUUCUCGUGUCUGACCUGCUGUGUGAUUAAUUAUAAUGUAAAUAUAUACACAGACUGAUGUGUUGCAUCAUAAAGGACUUCUCAUGAGUGGUGGGAAAAGAAAAGUUCUUCACUGUAUAUUGUCCCGUCCUCACGCAUGACUCUGUAUGAAUAAGGUGCAGAUAAUAUCUUGUUAUUUUUUUUUUCCUUGUGACUUUGUUAAAUAAAGUUCCAUCAUCAGCGUA